AUGUUUCCCUGCCUGCCCUCCCCACUGGCCUUUCCCAGACCCCACUACUAUCGAGCAUUCACCAGAGAUCAAAGCCGGCUUGGCAUCAGCCUCAUUGACUUUUUGCUUGGGCUUGGCUGCAUUCACAGCACAACUCCUCAUGAGGGCACCUGGUUUGAGCUGCGAUGCGGCCUCAUCUUCAACUUCUAUGACCAGAACCGCGCAGGGGUGUUGGAUGCCGAGGCGCUCAGCCACGUGGUGCUGGACAUUAUGCAAGCGCGUCAAGAUCCAUAUCCGAGUCCCAUUGCUGCGCGCCGCGUGGCCGAAGCGCUUCUGGACAACCGCCCCGCCAUUGACUUUGCCACCUUCCGCGCACUCGCACAGACAAACGACGUCCUUCGAUCCGCCUCUUUAAUUUGCAGGGAGACGGUUGUGCACAGCGGCGGAGAGCGUGCGUCUGCGAAGCGUGAGCACGACCGCUCGAUGGAGGAGCAAGAGGACAGCCCGCCAUACCGCGCUGGUGGUGGCGGCGGCGGCAGUGACGAUGAGUCCGAAAGCAACACCCUCCCUGGCACACCCGGGCGCGCAGCCUCCACGACCACGGAGCGAAGACGCGGUGGCAGUGUCGCCGACAACGACAACAGCAGCAACGCGUGCAACCGUGACAACAACCGCAACGUGGGCGCGCGUAUUGGCGAAUCUCUUCCGCAGCACGCACAGCCUGCCCAUUAUGGCGAGCACACCAUGGUCGCAUCGUCGUCAUCGUCGUCAUCAUCGCCGCCACCGCCAGCUCUCCCAACAGCGACAGCGACAACAACAGCAACAGCAACAGCAGCUUCCAUGCAGCCACCCGCAGCGACGUCCACAGCGCCUGCAGCACCACCCGUGCCAGCACCACCAACCACCACGCCCCCCUCUGGCAGCAAAGGACCACCCCGAAUCUCCACCGCCAUUCGCAUUGGCCGCAACACACACGCACACGCAGACGCGCGGGGGGACGUGCGCUCGCCCCCGCGCAACGCUGUAAUCACGGGAGGAACAACCGGAAGUGGGUCGACGACGCGACGUUCGGGCAGCAGCGGUCUGCAACGCAAGCGCCGCCCACGCACAUCAAGCGCCCGCAGUGCCAGGGACGUGUGGGAGAAGGGCGCAGCGCACACGGCCGCGUGUGAGCUGGCAGCACAGGGUGGGGGGUGGAGGUCGCAUCACCAUCAACGCGGUGGUGGCGGUGCAUACGACAGCGACAGCUGCGAUGAUGAGCACCGGGCGAAAAGCAUCAAACCGAGCGAGGGCGUGGUGGGGCUGGCGGGCGGCGGUGUUGGCAGCGGCAGCGACGUCGAGGACACAUUCACGGGCGCGGCAUUACGCAAGACAAGCAGCAAGUCUGGACUCAACAAGAGCUCGCGCGCAAAGAAGUCGCACAAGUUCAAGCACCGCCAUAACUUGCACAAGUUCACGAGCCAGUCGCAUCGCCGGCAUCGCCAUCAACAACAGUCCCCACAACAACAACAACAACAACAACAACACCACCACCACCAUCCCCAUCCAAAGCGCAGCCACCACCAACACCACCAACACCAGCAGCAGCAGCAGCAGCAACAGCAGCAGGUGUUGUCUUUCCAGCAGCGAGAUGCGGCCCACACUGAAUCCAGUCGCAGCAGUAAGCAGGCAGAGCAGCAGCAGCAGCACGGUGGCGCAUUUGCUGCUGCGGCACUGCAGAGGUUCUGGCCAACACGCGCGUCGCACCACCACCACCACCACCAGCAGCAGCAGCAGCAGAGCGGAGCAGUGGUAACAACGAAACCCCGCAAGCCAUCGUCCACGCAUAGUGGCGGUAAGAGCGAAAAUGCCGCCACCGCCACCACGGGGCCGUCGUUGCUGCCAUUGGUACCAUCGUCAUCGCAGCGUGCAGGUGGUGGACACACGCACGAGCCAGCCUCGUCGAGGCAAAGCAGUGGUGGUAGGAUGCUUCCCGCCACAGCGACAGCCCACUCAACAGCACCUGCAGGCAUGACCCGUGUACGCAGCGCUUCGUCUUCAGAGGCGGAGGAGAACACGAGCAGCGGACAUGGCGACAGCGACACCAGCAACCGCAGCAGCGUCGUGUUUGAACCGUUCCCGCCACACCAGUCGCCCCCACCGCCGCUUUCACGCAGGUUGCAGGGCAGUGUACGCACACGCCAGCACACAGCCAUAUCGACGCAGAGCGAUGACGGCACGGUUGCUCCUCCUGCACGCCUGACCAUCAAUGCACCUGACGAUGCCACGGGCGCAGCUGCGGUGUUUGCUGGCGACGGCAACGACAAGAAUGGCUCCCAAAGCCGGCGUGAGGGCGGAGGCAGAGUGGAUGCUCAUGGUGAUGCUGCUGCUGCUACUGCUGAUGAAGAUGAUGGUGACGAUCGUGGUGGUGAUGCGGCUGAUCAUCAGCAAGACGUUGAAGAGCACCGAUGUAGCCCUGCUAACGGCCGGCAUGGAGGUGAUAGUGAACAUGCAGGGGAACACACCAGCAAGGCAACGCAGCGGCGCAGCAGAGCCAGCAGCGCUGGGGGUCGCCGAGAGGAACGAGCCAUGGUGCAUGAGGAAGAUGAUGAUGAUGAUGACGAUGAUGAUGAUGAGGGAGAGGCGGAAGAGAAGGAUAAUGACUAUGUGGGUGAGGAGGAUGAGGGCCGGUGUGGUCAUGGUGGCGAGAGGAUCCGCAGCAGCAGUGGCCGUGGGCGUGGUGACACAUCGUUUGCGUCACGCUUUCGAGGGCUUGCAACUGCAAGUGUUGCCGUGCAGACAGACCCAGUCUCCAUUUCGAACUUGGCGGCAGGCGCCCUUACUCACAAACACAACCAGCAAGCAUCGGAAGAAGAGGAAAGACACACCACACGCAUGCUUGGAGAGUCCCGUGACUCCAGUCAGUACCAGCAACUGGACCACCAGCACCAGCAGUACGCUGAAGGUAGCGGUGUGCAGGGAACACAACGGGCAAUAGAAGCGCCUGCAGAGGCGGUUACCUCGGCCGAAAUGGACACAUCGUUGCCCCUGACAUCCUCUGGCGACGAUGACACUUCGUCAUACACGCACGCAGAGAACACAGCGCAACCUGACGCAGCCGCAGCCAUGAUGGACACCGCCACUGGGGCACCAGUAGGGAUGGUGCGUGGCGUGCCUGCUGAGAGCCGCAGUGGUGGUGUUCGCAACAGCAGUGGGCGUGGAGAGAGCCCUGUCAUUGGCGAACAUGAACACGGUGGUGACGAGCGCCCGGGCACUGGCGGCACAGUGGACGCACACGCCGUUCCCACAGGCGAAACAACAACAACAACAGCAGCAGCAGCAGCAGGCGCCCAUGACACCACCGCUACAUCCCUGCUGCAACCGACAGCAGCACCAGCAACAACAGCAGCGAUGUCGGCUUCGCAGGAUGACUCUGCCGUCUGGUCAACGGUUGAAGACAUGGGCAGUGACGACGAGCACCAGCACCCGUGCAUUGCCACACCCCACCCAUCCAUCCGCGAGCUAUUCAACGUGUACAGUGACGGCAGGGAAGAGCUGAGCAGGAGUGGCUUUCACAACCUCUUCCUCCGGGAGUUCCGGGUGUCUGAGGAUGAGAUUGGGGUGUUCUUCAACGCGUUUGAUGUGCGGCGGACCGGGUCUGUCUCCUUUCGCGAUCUGUGUCGCGGUCUUGUCGUCGUCCAACCAGACCAUCCCCACGAUGAGCAUCGGCUCGAUUAUGUGUACCGUGCAUACGCAGACCCCGUACAUCAGCGCCUCUCCCUUGAACCGUUCGUGCUCAUGAUCAAGCACAUUCAACGGUACCGUGGCCAAUAUGGAACAGACGAGGAACACAGAGCAAUGGCACAGGAAGUAUUUGAACUCUCGCACGUUGAUCUUGAGGAUGGAUACGUCUCAAAGGCCCAGUUCAUCGGCGCGUGUCUCCCUCGCGAGCCUGGUGCUGGAUUCCGCGGAACAGAGAAUCUCCUGCGCCUCCCUGCCAGCAUUCCACUCGUUGACGAGUCUUCAUCGCCGCAGCAGCGGCAGCAACAGCAGCAGCAGCAGCAGCAGCAGCAGCAGCAGCAGCAGCGGCAGCAACAGCAACAAGAGGGGCAGCAGCCAGGGAAUGCUGACGAUGAAGUGCAGCAAGAGCAGUCUCUGGCAACGCCCGUUGCUUCCCCGCCUCGUACACAGCUGGUGGCACCGCCGAAGACGCCGCCAUCCGUCAACAUCCGCCGCCGCGUUGUCUACCCCAUGGGCGCAGGCGUGCACUCACCAGCAUCCAAGCAGAAGAUCCAGCACUGCGGCCUCGAGGCGCCGUCCCCGGCCCUGCCCGUGUCGACGGACACGACGGAAUUGGUGGAGCGGGUACUGGCCACUGUUCUCCACCCAGAAUACGAGCCGCCACGCACAACAGAUACAGGCACUGCUCGCUAUUCGCUUCUGUCACAGGAAGAGCUUAUGCAGAUCAUCCCAUCGGCACAGGCCGCCUUUGCUGCCGAUGAGACGGUCACCGCUGUGCCUGCGCCCGUGAAAGUGUUUGGGGACAUCCACGGGCAACUGCACGACAUGCUUGCCUUCUUCCGCAUCUAUGGUGUUCCCCACACCAUCCACGGUGACAUUCACUACAUCUCCUACCUCUUCAUCGGCGACUUUGUCGAUCGCGGCUCCCACUCCCUCGAGGUCAUCACGCUGCUCAUGUGUCUAAAGCUGCGGUACCCCAAGCGUGUGUUUCUCGUUCGAGGCAAUCACGAGGACUCGUGGGUGAACAAGUUCUUUGGGUUCAGGGACGAGUGUUUGCAGCGGCUGCCUGAUGGCGUCAUUGUGUGGCAGAUGAUCAACAAGUUGUUUGAGUACCUGCCGCUUGGCGCAGUUGUGGACGACUCCAUCCUGUGCAUUCACGGCGGCAUUGGAAGGGAUUUUCGGUCUUUGGAGGACCUGCGCCGGAUCAAGCGUCCAUUCCGCCCAUCUGAGGGCGAUGACACACACGAAAUCCGCGUUGCGCGAGACGCACUCUGGUCCGACCCAACCGAGAGCGACGAGCACCUAGGGCUGCACGCAAGCGCGACACGCGGUGCCACCAUUGUGCAGUUUGGUCCAGACAUGGUUCGCAACUUCCUUCGGGAAAACAACCUGCAGAUGAUUGUGCGGGCGCACCAGUGUGUCAAGGAUGGCUAUGAGUUCUUUGCCGGGCAGCAGCUGGUGACUGUCUUCUCCGCAACAAACUACUGCGGCAGGUUCGGGAACGAUGCUGCUAUGCUCGUUAUCAACCGUGAGCUCAGCGUCGCUGUGCACGUCAUCAAGCCAGACAGCUAUCUUGGUCUGUCAUCGUGGCAGCCACGCCAGCCCAGCAGUCCCCUGCCCCCAUCACUCUGUGGCGGCGAUGAAGAUGAAGCUCCACACACCGUCACAGGCGAAUACCCUCCCUUCAGUCUCGACUGAUCUGCCGUGUGUAGCUUCUUUGCUUGUUUGUUGGUGGUGAUGCUGGUGCACGCUUGCGUGCGCGUGUGUUGGAUGAGCGAUUGCAUGUUUGAUGCGCUGUGGUGCGUGUAUUUGUUUGUGUGAGGUGUGCGUUGUUGCAUUCAGCUAGGUUCGGACCGGAUAAUGCCGUUGCAAACGGGUGUAUUGUAAUUGCCUGACGGUAUGUGUGUGUGUGUAUUUUAAUGCAUAAUUGCACGUGAUUUGUUGUGGUUCCUUGCUGCGUGCUGCCUUGCCUGUCUUUGGCGUGGUUGAUUUGUUUGCACUGUUGGUUGAAAACACAAGUAAAGCGUGCUGGGAA